AUGGAGAUUACUGACGGAUCCUCGCUUUAUCAAGGGCCUGGUUGUAAUUUAUCCAACCCCAAGUAUGGCUACGACUUUGUCAUCUCAACUACCCAAGCUAGUAUAAACUCGGAUCUGUGCAUGUACCUGCACAACAGCACUUUGCCUUGUAACUACUUUUGUUUUCUCUCGAGCCCCUCAAAUGCGAAUGCAGUGGUUCCAGUCGCCUUGGAGGACCUUGUUACAAAGACAGGUGGGGUUGAUCCCUUCAAGGUGCCACGGGAUACCCCGUACACAGACCCUCGGGUUCAGGCGCUAACCAAGGUGGGGUUCGCCGUUGGUGUCAAGAUCCGCAUGGGGCUUCCUCCUGGUGUAGAACCGAAGGAUCUCCCUCCCAUUCUAGAGCUUGGCGAUCUUGCCAACUUUGCCACUUUCAAUAUCCUUUGCUCCGACUUUCAUGUUGUUGAAAAUGAACCAGGCAAUUCCGCUAGCCCCAAUGGUAAGUGGAAUGUCUGGAAGCAGCCAUCGGGCCGUCCAUGGACUCUCAAAACAUGGGUCAGCCUCGUUCAUGCCAGUCUCGACAAUCAGCUGAAUGGUUCGGCACAUUUUGCUCAAAACCCAGCGAAGAAACAACGACUCCUCAAAAGACUUCAGAACAUAUCCAGCACAGCUUUCAGUCUGCAACAGCUGUUGCUCGACAUGGAUAAUGCUACGGUUCAGAAUGUCCCUGUCAUUGAAGGCAUGAAGGCUGGCAGUCGAGCUCACCUUGUUGUCUCUGGACAACUCGGGAGCAUCUGGACAGCAUUCACCAAGAAGUGCCAUUGCCCUCCAAUCUCUGUCGUCGCUGUUCCCCAAACACCCCCGGACGCCUCCAAACUCCGCUUGUCAUCCUUCCACCUUCAAAUCAACCGCUUCAAGGACAGCAAUGGUGAUACCGUCAAGAAUCCUACUAAGGAACAGCUCGCUGCAACGACUCUCGAUUACCGUUGCAUGACAAGUGGCUCACAGCUACCGCCUGAUAAGCAUUUCUCCUGGAACUGGGUCGAGCCAACCAGCAUCAAUUCCGAAAGCGGUGUUGUCGCCAUCAAGAGAGAAGUCUUUGCCCAGUACUUAAUUGAUGCGAUUAUUCCUCAAAUUAAGAAAUACUGUAUCACCACGGACCCCGUCGUGGGACAUCGAAACGAGUGGGGCAGUGGGAAACUAUGGGCAGACUGGUCUUUACCCACGAUUGACAACCAGACCCCCAAGGCUCUUAUCCGACGCGGGAGUACCAAUAUAUGUGUUAUUAACUACUCUGCGAUCGACGACCCAGACACAAGCUCAACACGAGGUUCGAUAUACGGCUCAAGAUAUUGCCGCUUGGAUGUUGUGCCUGGCUAUGAAUGCGACGUCGUGCUUACUGGCAACACUCUGAAAAUCUUCCAGCGAGUUGGUGUCAACGUCAGAUUCAAAUGCGAUGUUGCUCCCAUUCUAUUGAACCAAGUUUCUAAUUUUGAUGAAAGGUGUCUGGCAUACAACGACGUCGCUAUCGAUGACUAUGAGUUGUCAGUCGGACAGACAGGCUGUCUUCAAAUCACCCACACCAACAGCUCCCCGGAGAGUAAUCCUGAUCAAUUCGGGGACAUGAGCUCAUUUUUCCAGACUGACGAUUUAUUGAAGAAGAUUAGAAGCGCCUUUACUGCACCAAAGCCUAUCGACUUCACUUCCACAAAUGCCGCAGCAUUACAAAAUUUUAUCUUUCCCGGAGGAAAGGUCUUCACUUAUAAGAAUGUCAGAGCAGCACCAAGUGGAGAUCUCCUCUGCAGCCUGACCUACACAGACCCCGACGAAGCCAUCGCCUCUCCAGCAAUGCUCAAAUUUCCAGCAGCGAAAGCGGAGGAUGAUGUCCCAUCUACUCCAGUCGCUAUACCCGUCCCAGCUACGACUACGCCACCAGCUUCCCUGACAUCUACGACGGAGAUGAUGCAGAACUACGUCCCCGGCGAAAUUGUCAAUCCUUCUGGCAAGUUUGAGGCCUUGCAGACACAAGAUGGCCACUCUAUUCUUUUCAGUCUAAGCUCUACAAAUGUGUUGCAAGCCAUCGUCGAGCAGAGCGGUGCCAGCUCAACAGGAUGGAGAAUAGCAGACCUCUCGUCUAAAGUCGUCAGUUCCGCCUUUGCCAGCGACAAGAGUGCAGUUGUCAAAACAUUCGACGCCAACCAAAGUGCUGUAGACGGAACUAUCAGUCUGGCAAUGAUUGUUACUUCUGGGGGUACAGACCACCUGCUAUUAUCUCUGUACAACCACAACUCAGCCGCCGCAUGGACUCCCGCGCCAAAUCUGUCCUGGAAAUCGAUUCCCUUCGAUGCUGCAUCAACAUCUGGCGCUGCGAUAGUCAUAGCGGGUGUCAUGUUUGCCGAGUCAGAUGCCACUCAUCAGCAACACAUUAUUGUUGAUAUCGACCGCUCAGCUUCUGACGCAGUCAAGCAAAUCUCUCGAUUCUACGUCAACCCACUAGCAACAGAUAAACACUGGAUCUCGCAUGAUGUACCAGUAGAUAUCCAAGACGGCAACUAUCAAAGCUGUGUUGGGAGGUUCCAAAACGAGCUUGUUGAUGGAGUCUUUACCUGUGGUGUAUCUGGAAACUCAGGCCAACUUGUCUAUGUCCCUAUUAGCAACGCCUUUGGUUCCGGUCCGCCUGCACCGCGCACCCUCAGCCUCCCCGGAAAUGUAACAGCUUCGGCGAUAGCAACUGCAAGAGCAUACAACAACUCGACAGACUUGUAUGUCAUUGGCGUGCAGACUCUAUUCUGGUUUCCUGCAAACAGCCAGGCAAGCCAAUCUGUUGCUACGACAAUCUUCAGCAACAGCAUUUUCCAGGACACUACUGAAUUAUCAGCCAUGACACACGGAGGUGUUACAACCCUUUGGGGCAAGAAUGGUAGCGAUCAGAUCUACUACACCUCUUGUCCCAAUACACAGCUUGGCAUCGCAGCAUCAUGGAGCACACCUCUCCCGCUGAUGAACGGUAUAGAGAACAUUUCCGCCUUUGUGAACCGCACAGGCUACAGCAACACCAUCUUUGCCUCUGGAGGAACAUCCCUUUGGCGAUUAGUACAGGCUACAGAAACAACUGCCAAGCUUUGGCGUCAGGAGUCACUUGUUGUUGAGGCGCCGCCAAAGGCCAAGGCCAUCGCAUUCAACUCGUACACUACCACCAUCCAACUUGCAGACGACAAGAAGAUGCCAGCAGGUGAUGUUUCUGUCUCUGUCACGGCGCCUUGUCGAACUCCAGUUUACAUCAACGGCGUGUACUAUGUCCUGAGUUCAACUCCUAUCACUGUCUCGUCGGACAAGACUGGUACUUUGACAAUAGUUGAAAAUACCCACGAUACUAUCAACGGGACAUCCAUCACCGUUACCUGUGGCGGUCAUCCAACGGUUAUAGAUCCAUCACACAAGCACUUUCAAAAGAUUACUUCGCUCAACACACCCACUGCCUUGGGAGCAGCCAAGAUCCCAAAGAAUGUCGUUGCAGGAGGUACUUCUGGCACCCCAGUUACAGCGCCUCUUGUCGAUGAAUCGACUUCGACGAACGAUAUGCAAAGUGCUUCAUAUACCUUGGGUAACCUUAACACUGUCUAUGGUGCCAUUAAAAAUCCAAACGCACCUUUGAAGGUCGCUCCCAAGCCAGUCCCUCCCAAGCCAAUCCCAGAGCAUCACCCAAGUUCAGGCCUUUUCGGGUCUAUUUGUGACACCUUUGAGAGUAUUGGCCAUACGAUCGAGGCUGAUGUUGGAGACAUUUUCCAUGCCCUCAAAUCAGCUGCUGAAGCUAUCGUUCACAUCGUCAAGGAGGCAGCAAGCGAUGUGUGGCAUUUCGUAACCACCAUCGCAGGCAAGAUCUAUCAUGCAGUGCUCAGUACAGUGGAUGCAGUUGUUGGUGCUGUCGAAUGGGUCUUCAAUGCUAUCAAGACGGUGAUCCAGGAUGUAAUCCGUUUCUUGGAGCUUCUCUUGGAUUGGGAGGAUAUCACCCGCACCAAGAAUGUUAUCUGCAAUAUAUCGAAGCUGUUUAUGCAGGGUCAGAUUGACUUGAUUGCAUCUGCAAAGCCCUUCUUCGACCAGGAGAUGAAUGGUCUCGUUACCAUGAUCAACAACUGGGCUGGUGAUACAAGCUGGACGGACACGAUUGGUCAAGCUACAACCCAGCCCUUGUCUGCAAACUGUAAGAAUCCAUCAUCAGGCCAGACAUCUGGCUCCCAGAUGCUAUCCAACCACUAUAAGAACAACGCUUCUUCUUUGACCCUUGUUGAAAACGACACAGCCGAUAGCGGGGUAGAAGAGCUUGUCGACAACCUCUUGACCGCUCUGGAGAAUGAAGGCAAGACACUCACAGCAGCCUACAACAACCUGACGAACCUCGCCCACAAGGUCUCUUCUCAACCCCUGCAAUACUCCCUCAAACAGCUUCUUGCAAUAAUUGCCGAUGUCUUCAUCUCUACCGUCGGUAACGUUGGGGAUGCUAUUCUAGAUCUUCUGACGAGCGUCGCCAGUUCCGCCAUGCACCUUCUCGACACAAAGUUCCACAUCCCAAUCAUUUCUGAUAUACUCAGUGAUCUUGGCAUAAGCGAGCCUUCGCUUUUGGAUCUCUUCUGCUGGAUAGCCGCUGUCGCUUAUACAGUCGUGUAUAAGAUCGUUCACGACAGCGCCCCAUUCCCCGACAACGACGACGAUGUGGAGGCCCUCAUCAGUGCUGAUAGCUGGCAUACACUCCGAACCAUUCUAGGUCAGCCGCCUGCUCUAGAGGAGCUUUCCUAUUACUCUCGAGCCGCUUCAUACAUCUGGGCAGCGCCUAAAGAAAUUAGUGCGUCAACAAAGAAGACUAUUUACCUCUGCUUGCACAGCGUCGGUGGUCUUGUCGAUCUCCUGAAUGUGUUCGUCAUCCCUCUUGAGGCCGAUGGUUCUUCAGAAAGCAAGGACAAUCCAUUCAGCCGGCCCAUGUCAGCUCUACAUUAUUUACAUACCGCCUGCAGCACUGUUGCUGGAUACGCUGUAUCUCAGAAUCCCAUAUCAAGCGAUGCUCUCAAGGCUAUGCAGUAUACGAAUACUGCUGUGGGCGUUGUGGCUGGCCCUCUUCUCGAAAAGUUCUUGAAAGCAACUAAGACAGGAUUUCCCGCCCUUGACAAACGUGGCAUGGGAGCUUUCGUUAAGGUUGUUGUCGGAUAUUGGGGGUUGUUUGUCACUGCCGGUCAUCUCUAUGAGUUGAGCCACGAAGCUGCUAGUGCCAGCCGGACGGCAGCUAUCCUUAUGGAGGUCAAUAAUAUACUAGGAGAGAUAAGCAGUGUUGCAUAUUGCGAAGCCGUCAAUGAUCCGGAUCGAACCAGCAGAGAAAUUCCUCUCUUAGUUGUAGCUGGGGUGGGAUUGAUUGGGACGGGGCUGGAGUUGUCAUUACUGGCAACUGUUGACUAA